AUGCGUCCUGGUAACUGUCGGAUGACCAGAAGUAGUGGUCGGCCAGACGAUGCGAUGCUGACGCUCUCGAAUGGGCUAUUGAGAGUGAGUGUAAAGUCCGUAUGUUCGUUCGAAGCCCGUUUUCCGGACGCGACUCCCAGAAUGGCCCUCGCAUGUCUUGAGGCAGCAGAUGCGCCACGACGUCAAUUCGAGCCUCACAACCCCAGACCGACCGACAGGCCCGAAGACGCAAUACACCUUUACGAGGCGGCAGUCGCUGAAGCCUACUUAUAA